UCGCAUAUUGCUCACAUGACAGGAAGCAGAACGGUCAAACGUGUGAAAAACAAGGAAAGAGCGGAAAGUAUUGUAAAUAGAUCAGUACUUCGCACACUGUAAUGUCUCAGUAUUGUUUUGGUUGACACAGAAGGUAACAAGCGUUGUCAUUUAAAUAAUUCCCUGAGGAUGUCUGAUACCCAGGGCGGCCAGUCCAUUCUUGUGCACAACCUUUCCACGCUCUUGCGGAAUAAUGGAGACUCUGUGUUAGAUGGCUCAAGCACUUUGACUCUGCAGGUGGCUUGCAUACAGCACCUGACACAUCUCUUUGAACAGUACUUGAUUUCACACCCACGACAGUACAGCUUCUUGGCUUUGCCAUCACACCCAGCCGAUACCACGUCACUGCUUCAGGUGCAGUUUCUGUUCGACAUGCUACAGAAGACGGUCUCGCUUAAGCUUGUUCAUCCACCUGGGCUAAGACUCCAGUCCAUUGUGAAAAUUUACCCCUUUAAGUCCCUCAAGCACUUGGAGCUGAAAAGAAUUCCUCCUCAUUGUUUACAAGGGCUAUGUGGUAUCUACGCUCAGUUGGAAGUCUUCACCUGCUCUAAAAGCCUCAACAGUUUGGAGGAGCUGCUGUUACUCUGUGGAGGAGAUCUCAGUACAGCCCUGCCUUGGUUAGAGCUUCACACUCUGAAUUUCAGCUACAAUUCUAUUUCCUGUCUUGAUGAAUCCCUGAGAUUGUUGAAUGUUCUGAAGUCACUGGAUUUAAGCCAUAACAAGAUCAAGGAAUGUGCUGAAUUUUUGAAGCCACUCUGCGAGCUCAAACAUCUCAAUCUUUCCUACAACAACCUACAGAGGGCACCAGAGCUUGGCCUGAACACUCAAGCAAGACUGGUCACUUUGGUGCUCAGACACAAUGAAGUGGAAAACAUUAAUGGCAUUGAGCACUUAUCUUCUCUUCAGCAUCUUGACCUGGCCUACAACCUGCUAAUGGAACACACUCGGUUAGCUCCACUCUCCCUUCUGCAUAAUCUUAAUAUGUUAUCUCUAGAAGGCAACCCUCUGUACUUCCAAAAAACACACCGAAAGUCAACCGUGUAUCACCUUUCCCCACAAGCUGCUUUCAGAGGAAUUCAACUGGAUGGUUCUACAUUGUCUUCCACUGAGCUUGCAGUCUUAACAAAACCCAGGCAGUUAAUACCCCAGAUGUCCCAAUCACUCCAAGUUGCCAUGGCACCGGCGCAAAAGAUACAAGACAUGUCAAGUGCAAGAGAGGAGUUAAGUGUCCACUUGUCUAUAAGUGAAUCAGGAGCAAAUCGAGUUUACAAGAGGAAAUCUAAGAGUAAGGUGAAGGUGAGGGCAGCUAGUAUCUCAGAACCCAGUGAUACAGAACCCAGUACCUCAUCUUUGCAAGACAUCACCUUGCACCAUCAGAAGGACAUUGAGAAUUUAGAUAGCUUUCGAGAGAAGAUGGGUGAGGACUGGCUUCGCUACCAGCAUCAUCUUUAUGGCACACCAGCCCUUGUGUUUGGACCCAGGGUGGACAGACAGGUAACACAGACAAUUGCUGAAACCCACUGCAUCCCUUUGCCCCCCCAAACCAAAACUGAUUGCACAAUGCCAGAGUCUUUUGAUACCCCACUCCUAUCCUCUAAGUCAAAAGGAGAAGAGGAACAGAUAUUAGACUUUCAACCUGAGACUGAAUCCACCUUGCAGUGGACAGGACACAGCUUUGUAGGCAUUGAGUCUACGCUAGAGACAAGUCUGGUAGACCCACAGUCUCCAGAGAAGGUCACCAAUGAUCCAGCAGUUGGAGAAGAAGAAGAAGACCUUGAAGUGGACCUGUGUAGGCCUAUGCUAGUCAGAGUGCUCUCUGAGAUUGAGGAUUUUAACAGGAAGAAGGAAUCAGAGCCGCUGUUCCUGAGAGUGCAUCAGACUUAUAUUUUGGAGGUGGACAUGUACCAGGGCUGUGUCAAGAGCCGAUUUGAGCUAGACUGCUUGCAGCAGGUCAGCAGCUCUCAAGCCAUCUGGACAAAGGAGGGAAAGGAGAGUUUCCACCCGGUUCUUGAAUUGCACUUUAGCUACAUUAGUCACGAAAGACAGAAACGACGAUACAUUGUGCUGGAUGAUGAUCCUGAGGAAGCCUUGCAGGUUCUGCUGGAGUUGCUUUCCAGGGUAGCAACGGAGAACGAGCAGCAGGCAGAAAAGGAAAGAACAGCAGUUAUUCUGUUACAGUGUCUAAAGUGCCAAGGUGAAUUUUCCCAGCCUCCAUCUAAAAAAGAUGCCCUGCCUAAACCAGAUGUCCAUCACAGAUAUCAAGGCAAAAGAGAGAAGGAGCAUGCUGCUGGUGAUGCUGUCUGUUGUCCAGAAUGCAACAGUGACCAUGUGAUCCAGUUAGCUGGCCGAACAGCACCUUCUAACAGUACACCAGACCCUUGUGAUAUAGGUCAGGAUGGUGACAAAUGCGUCAGAUUUAGAUAUUCUGACACUCAGAAGGGUGAAUCUUUUCCCAGCCCCAUUCAUGUAAAAAAGUUCUCUGAUGAACUGGCUGAGGGGACCACAGACACUUUCCUCAUGGCUCAGUGUGGACAGUUUAAAAGUGUAUCCAGUCAGAUUAAGUCCUACCCCUGCCAUCAGAUUGGCUUCCACUCAUCUGACAGCCAAGUGACUAGUGACCAGGAAGAGUCAGAACACAGGCUUUCCCAGAGCUUCCUUUCUCAGAGCUUGAAAAAAGAUCUGCUGUUUAAUGGUUUUGAAACCAUUGACCACCGAUUAAAGCUUUUCCUGGAUGUGGAAGUUUUUGAGGGAGAAGAAGAGAUUCAUUGCUUUUUGAAAACGUCUGUUGUCAAAUUUGGAGAUCCAGUAGAAUUUCCAUCUCUAAUGGUUGUGUCCAAUCAGCGUAUCUACAUCCUAGAAAUUACCUCUCAGGCAGAAGGGCUUCCCUCAGAAUGGCUGCAGAAGAGGUACAGCCAUCAGCUGUGUGUACUUAGCUACCUGGAGGUGGGUCUUGGUUCACAAAGCAUCCACAUGGAGUUUAAUGUGAACAGUGCUGCGUACACUCUUUUGAUUCGUGACAGUACUCGUUGCAAGCACUUCUUUAACCAACUGACAGCAAUAACAACAGAACUUACCCCAAAGUCUGCCAUGAAGCUUAAGACUGUCUCAGCAACUCAACUGAAUCCCAAACACUAUCUGUGGCCCCUAGUUUGUGAGAGCAGUAAGACAGAAAGUGAAAAAGACAACCAUCCUCCAUUCUUAUACAUUCUGGCGUUCCUCCAGCUAGGCGAUUCUCUGACCUCAGUGACUGUACUGGCUACUCAGGAAACACUUUGCCUCCUUGAUGAAAAUCACCAGUGGAGAAAGAGCUGCUCCAUGCUUUCAGUCAAUGAGAUGGCACAAACCACCAGUGGGCAGGUCACCCUUCGUGAAACCCAGCCUAUCAGCUCCGUUAGUUCUAUACUUCUAUGUUCAUCUGAUCCAUGCCAGGUGAACAUUCAACUUUAUGAUGAGGUGGCCAAAGAGGAGAAGACAUGGCAUUUAAGGUCUGAGGCUGUGUUGGAGAUCCAAGGUCUAGUGAAUUGGAUCAAAGAGCAGUGGGAGGCCAUGUUUGGGGUUAAACUCAUUACUGCUAUUCACUAGUGAUUUUGCUCACUGUUAUUGCACUGUUCUCUGUUCACUUAUGAGGUCUAUCAGGUUGUCUGCAGUGAUCCUGUGACCUGAGUGUAAAAUUUUGCUAAAAGUACAGUGUAAAUAAAUGAAAGCUAGAAGGCAUGUGGAUGUGCUACAUUACUACUUCAUAUUUAUCACAAAAUCAACUCCAGUAUAUUGUUAAUUUUUAUUAUAAAAAAACUUAAAAAAAAAAAAAAAAAACCCUAAAAGAAUAUUUAUUUAAAUAUUUGACUGCAUAUUUUUGGACUUGCACUUAGAACUUACUUACAUGUACUUUAAGAAUGCUAGUUAUGUUAUAUAACUUUAUAAUGAUGUGUUAGUUAGUAAACCUUUUAAUAUACAAUCUUUUUCAGUUGAUUUAUUCCUGUACAAAAUGAUGUUCUUGUAUACUGCUGCCUAAAUAAAAAUGCCUUUGUUUUCUGACAAUA